GCGGCGGCGGGAGCUACAGGGGUGGCUGCGACUGAGGCGACCGUGGCUGGGCUGCCGGGUAGGAGACCCCGGCAGGCUCUGAGUAAGCGAAGCGCCGCGCAGGGCUGAGCCUGCUGCAGAACCAUGGAGAUUGGCACCGAGAUCAGCCGCAAGAUCCGGAGUGCCAUUAAGGGGAAAUUGCAAGAAUUAGGAGCUUAUGUUGAUGAAGAACUUCCUGAUUACAUUAUGGUGAUGGUGGCCAACAAGAAAAGUCAGGACCAAAUGACAGAGGACCUGUCCCUGUUUCUAGGGAACAACACAAUUCGAUUCACCGUAUGGCUUCAUGGUGUAUUAGAUAAACUUCGCUCUGUGACAACUGAACCCUCUAGUCUAAAAUCUUCUGAUACUAACAUCUUUGAUAGCAGUGUGCCUUCAAACAAGAGCAAUUUCAGUCGGGGAGAUGAAAGAAGGCAUGAAGCUGCAGUGCCACCUCUUACCAUUUCUAACAGCAGACCUGAAAAAAGAAAUUCCAGAGUUUCUACCAGUUCACAGGAGCAGAAAACCACUAAUGUCAGACAGACUUAUGAUGAUGGAGCUGCAACCCGACUGAUGUCAACAGUAAAACCUUUGAGGGAGCCAGCACCUUCUGAAGAUGUGAUUGAUAUUAAGCCAGAACCAGAUGAUCUCAUUGAUGAAGACCUCAAUUUUGUCCAGGAGAAUUCUUUAUCUCAGAAGAAACCUACAGUGACUCUUACCUAUGGUUCUUCUCGCCCUUCUAUUGAAAUAUAUCGACCACCUGCAAGUCGAAAUGCAGACUGUGGUGUUCAUUUAAACAGGAUGCAAUUUCAACAGCAGCAAAACAGUAUUCAUGCUGCCAAGCAACUUGAUAUACAAAACAGCCGGGUGUAUGAAGCAGGACAUUUGUGUGAACCAGAAAUGCUUAAUAGCUUAGAAGAGACUUAUAGCCCCUUUUUUAGAAACAACUCAGAAAAAAUGAGUAUUGAGGACGAAAACUUUCGAAAGAGAAAGUUGCCUGUGGUAAGUUCAGUUGUUAAAGUAAAAAAAUUUAAUCAUGAUGGAGAAGAGGAGGAAGAAGAUGAUGAUUAUGGGUCCCGAACAGGCGGCGUCUCCAGCAGUGUGUCUGUGCCAGCAAAGCCUGAAAGGAGACCUUCUCUUCCACCUUCUAAACAAGCCAACAAGAAUCUGAUUUUGAAGGCUAUAUCUGAAGCUCAAGAAUCUGUAACAAAAACAACUAACUAUUCUACAGUCCCACAGAAACAGACACUUCCAGUUGCUCCCAGAACUCGAACUUCUCAGGAAGAUUUGUUAGCAGAAGUGGUCCAGGGCCAAAGUAGGACCCCUAGAAUAAGUCCCCCCAUUAAAGAAGAAGAAACAAAAGGAGAUAAUAUAGAAAAAAAUCAAGGAACUCAACAGAGGCAAUUAUUAUCCCGACUGCAAAUUGACCCAGUAAUGGCAGAAACUCUGCAGAUCAGUCAAGAUUACUAUGACAUGGAAUCCAUGGUCCAUGCAGACACAAGAUCAUUUAUUCUGAAGAAGCCAAAGCUGUCUGAGGAAGUAGUAGUGACACCAACCCAAGAGUCGGGGAUGAAGACUGCAGAUACCCUUCGGGUACUUUCAGGACACCUUAUACAUACACGAGAUCUUGUACAACCAGAUAAACCUGCAAGUCCCAAGUUUAUAGUGACGCUGGAUGGUGUCCCCAGCCCCCCAGGAUACAUGUCAGAUCAAGAGGAGGACAUGUGCUUUGAAGGAAUGAAACCCGUAAACCAAACUGCAGCCUCAAACAAGGGACUCAGAGGUCUCCUCCACCCACAGCAGCUGCAGUUGCUGAGCAGGCAGCUUGAGGACCCAAAUGGUAGCUUUUCCAACGCUGAGAUCAGUGAACUGAGUGUGACACAGAAACCAGAAAAACUUUUGGAACGCUGCAAGUACUGGCCUGCUUGUAAAAAUGGUGAUGAGUGUGCUUACCAUCAUCCCAUAUCACCUUGCAAAGCCUUCCCCAAUUGUAAAUUUGCUGAAAAAUGUUUGUUUGUUCACCCAAAUUGUAAAUAUGAUGCAAAAUGUACUAAACCAGAUUGUCCUUUUACUCAUAUGAGUAGAAGAAUUCCAGUACUGCCUCCAAAGCCAGCAGUGACAGCACCACCAACACCCUCUAGUAGUCAGCUCUGCCGUUACUUCCCAGCAUGUAAGAAAAUGGAAUGUCCUUUCUAUCAUCCGAAACAUUGUAGGUUUAACACGCAGUGUACAAGACCGGACUGCACAUUUUACCAUCCUACCAUUACUGUUCCACCACGACAUGCCUUGAAAUGGAUUCGACCUCAAACCAGCGAAUGACAGCCAGUCCUGCCAGGCAGAAGAUCAUGCGGUUUAGAAGUUUCCAUCUACUGAUGAAAGAUAUUCUUCAGAACUUGUCAAAUCUUUGAAACUUGGAAUAUAUUGCUUUCAUAAUACGAAGUUUAUUGCCUAUCUGAAGUGUCUGAUUUUUCAAGUUUGUAAGUUUCUCAAGUGAUUUUAACAUUGGGUGUUUUUUUGUUAUUUUGUUUUUACAAUGAAAAGAUAGUUCAAGGAAAGGCUAAAUUCUAUUAAAACAUUUGAGGCAUGUUUGUACACUGCUGUUUUAAGUAUCAGCAUUUGUAAUGUGACAUCACUGUUAGUAACAAUGAUACUGUAAUUCAGGGCUACAUGAUUGGUGGGCAUAGAGAGAGAGAUACAGUGAAGCAAGUCUCAUUCUAAAAGUUGAAAUUUGCUGCAUUCACUUUUCCCAAAGAUCAUAUAAUUUCAUAAUCUACCAUGAAAACAGGAGUUGCCAAAAUAACUGAGAAGGCUUAAAAUAGUCAUUCAAUUUUGCUUUUUAAUUUUUAAGUGAAUUUUGUUUGAAAAGCAUGAUAAUACAGGCCUCUUGGAUUGGGAGCUGCUUUGGUAAAGUUUCCCGGUUUCCUUUCCUUCUGUGACAGGAUGAGCGAGGUUAUUAUGGAGGGUGGAGAUAGCUAGAGUAGCAAGUAUGAAAAAUAGGAACAAGUCCUUACAGUGCUCUCAUUUACUACGGACAUAGGCUUUUUUCAGUAAGAUUUUGGGGGAACUAUGUUAUGACAAAAUUAUACAAUUUUUUUACAAGUAUAUACACAAAGUUUCAUAAACAGACUUUAAACUCACAAGAUUAUAAAUACAUAUAUAUUCUCACAUUCUGGAAAAUAACAUUCUCAGCUUCACAGAAAAUAUACUUAGUUACUACUGAAGGUAACAUUUGAAAUGUAAAAAUUAGAUUUAAAUGCUAUAUUUUAAAUAACAGGCUAUAAUUACAGAGAUCAGAUAGGUAAACUGCAAAAUAGGAUGAAACUUGGCCUACUGGAUCAGUUAGAGUUUUGUGUGUGUGGUUUUUUAAAAGUUAAGGCAAGAAGUGUCAAAUUUAGAGUUAAAGAACAAAUGGAUCACUGAUAUCAAAGACUUGAUGUAUAGUACUGUUACAAAUUAAAGCUUAACAGGUGGUUAGAAAAAAGUGGAUUAAUGCGAAAGGAAUAAGGACUCAAAAAUUCACAGGACCAAAUUAAACU